UGUACAGUCUGCGCCUGUUGGAUAGUAGAUAAGGCGUACCAUGGGGAUGCAUUUCUUUAUUGUUUUUAGUUUAUUCAUUGUUUUUACAACUCUUGUGGAAAACAUCGAAGGUAAAAGAGUUGCAAUAUGUCAAGGAGAUAGACAAACAAUAAGUUGUAAGAAGAAUCGACGUCUUCAAAUUCUGACUGCAACAUACGGACUACGUAGAACCAGGAAUAAAUGUCAUAAUGCCAAUGUAGCUGUUUCAUGGUGCGGUAAAACAAAUAAUGCCAAAAACAAAGUGAUAAAAUUGUGCCAAAGCAAACAAGACUGUGAACUAUUCUCUUCAAACAGAGUAUUUAAAGACCCUUGUCCAGGAACUUCUGUUAUAUUGACGGUAGUAUUCAGAUGUGUAAGAGGUUGCAAUAAAAAUAAAUUCCAGUGCGUCGUUGAUUUAAAAUGCAUACCAAAAUCUAAACGUUGUAAUGGAAAGAAAGACUGCAAGGAUGGUAGCGACGAAGACAAUUGUUCUACUGUCCAAUGUAAAUCAAAUGAGUUUAAAUGCAAGAAUGGUGAAAAAUGCAUUCCGCUUGCAAAGAAGUGUGACGGUUAUAAAGAUUGUUCCGAUAACAGUGACGAAUUAGCCAACUGUCCUCUGGCAUGUAAAUCAAAUCAGUUCAAAUGCAAGGAUGGUGAAAAAUGUAUUCCGCUGGCAAAGAAGUGUGACGGUUAUAAAGAUUGUUCCGAUAACAGUGACGAAUUAGCCAACUGUCCUCUCAAGUGUAAAACCAAUGAGUUUAAAUGUAAUGAUGGUAAGAAAUGUAUCCCUAACAACAGAAAAUGCAAUGGCAACAAGGACUGUUCCGAUGGAAGUGAUGAAGCAGGAACUAUUUGUGCAAGAGAAUCUUGUGGUGUUCAACAAAUUAAACCAAAAGUUGAAAGAGUAGAUUGUCCAAAACGGAAGUUGUGGAGACUAGUCGGUGGCUGUGAUGUGCGACCUCCUCACUCAUGGCCUUGGGCGGUGCAACUGCGUCUAUUAGAUGCCGAUACUAAUACGUUCAACCAUGAAUGCGGAGCUGCCUUACUGUCUGAAUCAUAUGCCCUUACAGCUUCUCAUUGUUUUUUGAGCUCAGAUAACCCAAAGGAUUGGAAGGCUAUUGGUGGGCGUCAUUUAAAAGAUAAAAACGAAGCCAAUAAUCAGCCUCGCAAUGUUGUCAAAAUAUUGAAGUUUCCAAAUGAUGGUGACAAUAUUCUCGACAAAGAUGUUGCUAUAAUAAAAUUUGAUAAGCCAAUGACAAUAAACGACUAUGUUACUCCCAUAUGUUUACCAACAAGAGAACCAACAGUAAAUGACGAAUGUGUUGUGGUUGGAUGGGGAGAUGUACAAGAAACUGAGCAUCCAGAUAAGUUAAAAAAUACUGUUAUGCCAAUAGUCGAUACAAAAAGAUGCAAUGGUACUGAGGACCUGAAGGACCAGAUUACACCCUACAUGUUUUGUGCCGGUUUUCAGGAAGGAAAAAAUGACGCUUGUCAGGGCGACAGUGGUGGUCCAUUAAUGUGCGAAAUUGGUAAUACCUGGUAUCUACAAGGACUUGUUUCAUGGGGCGUUGAUUGUGCACAACCCCUACUGCCUGGAGUAUAUGCCAAUGUGUUCAAAUUUGUGGGCUGGAUAAGGAAUCAAAUGAAACUAUAA